AUGGGAAUCUCACACUCCACAGCUAGGUGGGUUGCCCCACUCUCCUUCGCCAUCGACUUCGCAGCUCAGCAAUAUGGAAUGCUCUCUUCCCCAAAUAUGAGAGAUGUCCAUGAUGCAAACCUCUCUUUUUGGUCACCUCAGCCAUACUUCAUAGCAGGAUUCUUCUUCCCGCAACAGCUGUUCCAGUUAGCAUGGUUGUAUCGACUCUACAAACUGGACCCGAGCAAGAGUGCGAAGGACAAGGAGGAGGUACAGAUCAUGGUGGAUUUUGUGCCUUACUACGCAGUUGGUAAUAUCUGCAUUGCAACUUGGAUGGUGUUCUGGAAUGCCUCCGAACUAAAGACAGCAAACGUAUUCGUGCUCAUCAACUCCUUGACGCAACUUUACUAUAUUUUUGGACGUCUGCCACGAAUGAAUACACGCUCAACAUCCUCCGUACUUACGCACAUCGUUUCGAAGACGUUUGCGGGCAUUGGAGUCCUGGACUUCUUGCACAAUGGCUCCGUAGCCUAUUUCGAUCAUCAGGGCCCGAAUACAUUGGUCAAGGUCUUGACGGGUGUGGGGUUUGGAGCUCUUGCAAGCUGCAGUGAUUGGAUUUUUGGAGGAUGUUUGGUAUAUGAUUUGGUUGCCUUGGCUGUAGGACAAAGAGGCAUCGGAGAGACGGGAUGGAGCAUUUUAUUGGGAAUUUUUGCUGUGGGCACAGCGGGCAUUGUUACUGCCAAAAAUUGGGUUUGGUAG